GCAACCAUUGAAGGAAACCGGAAAAACAUGCAACAAGCAAAGGAGCUACACGCGACCACUGCCAUGGCCACCAAGCUCAAGUACUCAUCGGAAGCUCAAGGGCUAAGAGAUAAGAAGGUGAAGGACUUGAUGGUCGACAACAAGCGCAGGCUAGUGGAGGUGCCGUACACGGCGUCCCUGGCUCACACUAUGAACGCACUGGUGGCCAACCGGGUGGUGGCGGUCCCAGUUGCGGCUCCCCCCGGGCACUGGAUCGGAGCCGGUGGAUCCAUGAUCUUGGAAGCUGACAAGCAAACAGGUGCUGUGAGGAAACAUUACAUAGGGAUGGUGACCAUGCUUGAUAUUUUAGCUCAAAUUGCUGAUGCUGAUGAUGAUGACAUUAAAGGUGGUGAUGGCUCAGAUAAUAAUCUUGAUAAGAAAUUGUCUGUCGAGGUGUCAUCGAUCAUAGGGCAUUGUUUUGAGGGGCUCAGUCUCUGGACUUUAAACCCAAACACCAGCAUACUAGACUGUAUGGAAGUAUUCAGUAAAGGAAUCCACCGUGCAAUGGUACCACUAGACAGCCAAAUGAACAACGUAUCUGGUGUAGAGCUUGUAGAGUCGGCAUCAUCCUACAAAAUGCUCACACAAAUGGACGUGUUAAGGUUUUUAAAGCAACACGACAUGGAGCUGAAGAGCAUUACAUCAAAAUCCAUCAAAGAAUUGGGAGCAAUCACUGACAGUGUUUUUGCAAUAUCUGAUCGCACCAAAGUUAUAGACGCCAUCAAGUCUAUGCGAAUGGGUUCGCUCAAUGCUGUUCCCAUAGUUACAGCCCUGGAUAUCCCCGAAGAAGAUCACAAGCAGCUUAUGAAUGGCAGAGGUAGAAAGAUUAUAGGAACGUUUUCAGCGACCGAUCUGAGGGGGUGUCACUUGUCUGCACUGCAGACAUGGCUUCCACUGAGCGCUCUAGAAUUCACGGAGGCUAUCUCGACCAGUCCUUUGUUCGCAGAUCAUCAGUCGAAUGCAGAGCCCCAAAAAAGGGAACUUGUGGCUUGUGGGACUGAAUCCACUCUUGCCCAAGUUAUCGAUAAGGCAGUCACUAACUAUGUCCACCGGGUUUGGGUGGUGGAUUCCCAUGGUUUACUUCUUGGACUUGUUUCACUCACGGACAUAAUCAGGGUGUUGAGGCUCUCGCUCCUUUCCUAGCUAGUACUAAAAUAAAAAUGCUAUAUUGUUCGUGUGUGGUGGAGAUUUGGAGUUGUUUUGUUUUGUUUUGUUUGUAAGAUUAAAUGCUUUGUUUAAGUGCUUGUAGGUCUAUUGUUCAAUGGAA